AUGGAUGAAGAAGAAGAAGAAGAAGAAGAAGAAGAAGAAGAAGAAGAAGAAGAAGAAGAAGAAGAAGGUGGGGAGGAGGAGGAGGAGGAAGAAGAUUUAGGCUUUUUCUUCCUUGCUUCUUGUAAGUUUUUUUUCCAUCCCUUCUCUUAUCUCCCCCUUUUUAUUGUUCCCCAUUACUUCUUAUCCCGAUUUAAUCUUUUCAUUUGUCUUUCCAUAGUCCAUCCUCUCAUUGUGUUAUUUACUGUUAUUCUCAUCAUCUUGUUCCCUACCUUUGUGUCAGUCAUUCGCGAACAGUUACUCGCCGUGAAUCGGUCCCUCUAUUUGUCUGUGGGUCUCUGCGCCGGCCCAGCUUACCGGUCUUUGACGGAUUCUUCCAGGAUCUGGCUAACGUCCUCGCUUCCAGAACGUCAAUCUAGAUUUUCCAAACCUUUCCCUAAAACGAAUUUGACGAUCUCUUCCUCAACCAUGUCCCGAGAGAUUUCACUUUGUCUGUCGUCGGAUUCGAAACCAAUGUCAGAAGGCGACAGAAGCGGCGGCGCUGGGCGUGACGGACGGGCGUGA